AUAGUCAUGAAAUGCCCUCGGCAGCAUCCAGACAUUCCCAAGUCAUGACCCACAGAGAAGCGGCUUACACAAGCAGAUCUGCCAGGACUGAUGAGGAAAAAGGGAAAAUGGCCUCCAUGUCACAUGAAGAUCAACUGUUCAUGAUUCGUCCUGAUCUCAUCAAGAAAACAUCGGGAGCUCUACUCCGAGAUCUGUUGGAUGAACUUCAAGCUCCGCCUCGUGUGAUAAGCAGCAGGGAGGCAGAAGACGUCCUGCAGAGGACCAGCGUGCUGCAGGACCAGGUGACCUCCCUCAUCGACAUGGUGCUUAAAAAGGGGGACAGAGCAUGUGGCAUCAUGCUCUCCCUCCUAAAAGAACUGGACAGCUACCUUUAUCAAGACCUCGGCCUGUAAAAACAAACCUGUGGCAUCAUGUUCACCCUUCUUAAAGAACUGGACAGCUACCUUUAUCAAGACCUUGGCCUAUAAAAACAAACCUUCCCAUACUGUGCAUGUGAUGACUAUCAAAUUACAUAAUGAUGCAGAAAUGUCCAAUCAUGAAAGACGAUUAAAUAAACCUGUGGGGUUAUAAUAUAAAUUAUUUCACAAAUAAGUAAUGUGCUAGUGUUGUCCUAGUAGGGUUUUUGGUAAUUUGUGCUUUUAUUGAGAGAAUUUGGGUAGAUUUCAACCUGCUACUUUAUCUUAAAACUGUUACCUUACGUACUCUGUGGUGUCAUAACUUAGAUACUGCACAAUUUUCAUACCAGACAGUCUCAAGACCUAUUUCAUGUCUGAAGUCAAGACACAAUAAUUGUCAUCACGUCCAGUUUCCUGGACAUUUGCUUAUGCAUUACUGUGCAAUACAAAUCAGCUGUAUAUAGCAAGGUGUUUGGUGUUCGUGGUGAAAUCCUUUAGUGAGGAGUGACUAUAUAUCACUGUUGUGUUUUAUUUCCCUUCGAUAGCUGUCCCUUGUUUGAUGAGAGAGAAGGAUGUAGCAGCAACGUCAGCUGCUACAUCCACAUCUUAUUUUGACCACAUUCAUCUUACCAUUAAAAAAGUUAGAACUGUCUGGAAGUUUGAGGCUUUGUGUGUUUUAGUUGCAGACAAUAAGUCUGAAACGAGCUCAAGUAUCCACAAAAACUCGUCAGACACAGCAUCAGAAACGGAUUCUGGGAUUGGCUCAUCAAUAUGUGUGGAAGAAUGGAAAGACUGAAGAAAGUCAGAAGAUCAGAUCAUUGUUAAGAUUAAUUGCACAUGAGUUCAUCAUGUCUGUGGCCCCUCAACUAAUGUUGUGAAUAAUGACGUGUUUAGAGAACUGCAAAUAAUCAUGAUUAUGCUUAAUUAUAUCAUAAUUCAUAAUGAUGUGCCUACCGUAUCUAAUGCUUUAGGUGCUGUGUUGUUUAUGUAUGAGGUCACGAAUUACAGAAUAAGCCGUGUCAAUUCCUGAUGUUUCAUGAGAUAUUUUAAGGAAUGAAGUAAUACAUAAAUUGUGAAUUAAUUCAUGCUUCAUAAAGUGUUACUGAGCUCUGCUGCAACAUAGAACAGACAAAGAUGAGAGGAUGUUUUAUGAGGUAGGAACAAAAAGUUU